GGGUGGCGGAGAAAUGUGCACCAGUCAACUUAAGGAAUUUUCCUGAAUAAGUUGAAAACUCGACUGCUGAGGGUUGGAGACUUUAAAAAUUCAGCGGUAUUAGUUUAAGUCGACUUUCAUUGAGACUUCUGAAGAUUUAGACGAAUUGAAACCAUCAGAUUAUUUCCCCAAAAUGGUGCAAGAAUGCGAAGAGGGAAGGUCAAAUUCUUCCUCAUAUGACAAUAGCAUGUACAACAGAAACAGUCUUUCAAGAAACCAUGAUUUUAAACCAAACAUCACUGAUAGCCACCUCAUUGGAGAAAAGAAUGAAGACAGAAUGGAAAAGAGUUUUAGAAAACCUUCCCACGACAUCUAGUUCUAUAAAAUUGUAUAAACGUAGAUUUUUAAUGCUGUUUAUAUUUGGAAUCUGUUCUAUGAUGAAUGGAGUGCCACAGUUUCAAUAUACAGUCGUCGCAGACAUCGUGGCUUGUUACUACAAUGUCAGUGUGAGUGAUGUCAAUUGGACUAGUGUGGUGUUCAUGGUUGCAUUUCUUCCAUUAGUUUUACCUGUUAUGUUCUUAAUGGGAAAGAAAGGCUUGCGCAUUACUUUACUUAUUGGAGGCAUUUUAAAUUUUACAGCUAGUGUGAUCCAAUGCUUCUCUUUCUCACCGGAAAGGUAUGCAGUCAUCAUGACAUCACAGACGAUAUAUGCUAUGGGACAGGUUUUUGUUCUCAGCCUUCCUCCUUUCAUAGCAGGUGUGUGGUUCGGAGCCAAUGAAGUUGGAUUAGCAUGCGCACUUGGAGUCUUUGGAAAUCAGCUAGGCAUAGCUUUGGGAUUUAUCAUUCCACCUCUGACUAUGACGAAUAAUUGCACAGAUGAAGUAGAUAUAACAUAUGAGCUUAGCGUUAUUGCUUAUCCCCUGGCAGCAAUCAACACAAUUAUUUUAGCAGUUAUUUAUUUAUUUUUCCAAGAAAAACCAGCAAUGUUUCCAAGUGCAGCUCAAGCAAAUAAAAGUCACAAUGAAAUUAACUAUGUUGAAUCAUUGAAAAAUCUUUUUAAAGACAUGCCGUUCAUGCUGCUACUUGUUGCUUAUGGUUUGAUCACAGGAACAUACUUUGCAAUGUCAACUAUCAUGAAUGAAAUGGUCCUGAUACACUUUCCCGGUGAAGAAGUCGAUGCAGGAUGGAUGGGUGCUUUAAUGGUGUUCGCAGGAAUGAUUGGCUCUGUACUUUUGGGUGCAAUAUUGGAUAAAACUCAUAAAUUUAAAGAAAUUUCACUAAUUUGCUUCGGUCUGAGUUUUCUCCUUCUGGUGGGCUACACUGGUGUCAUUCAAAUAGACAAUUUCAUUUGGGUGCAAUUUCUAUUCUUCACCUUACUUGGAUUCAUAAUGACGGGUUACCUUCCCGUGGGAUUCGACUUUGGUGCUGAGAUAACAUAUCCUGUUCCCGAAGCAAUGUCCGGAAGCUUAUUAAAUGCAUCAACACAGUUGUUCAGUAUCAUCCUAACAAUCAUCGCUUCAACUCUUCUGCAAAAGUAUGGAGAUCUUACUUCAAAUAUCUUCCUAUGUGCGAACAUCUUUUUGGCAUUACUUAUCACAGCAUGCAUAAGAUGCGAACUUAAACGAGCCAAUGCAGAUGGUGGAAAACCUGCAUGAUGUAUCACAACAUAUCUAUGGCAGGGAGAGUUUCAAGCUUCGGGGUGCAUAAUCUCGCUUCACUCAGUCCGAUUAACUUCACUCCACGUGAAUCCAACUUGCUUUUUUUCUUUGGUAGCAAAAAUGGCAAUCUCUGUUCACCCCAUAGGUCUGUGACGUCGGCAACCAAAUCACUUGCUGAAAUCUCUUUCACAGACCGGAAUGGAAAUUGCUAUUAUUAUUACCAAGUGAACAAGGUGCUGAUUCACAUGGAGAGAAACGAAUCGGCUUCACUUCCCCAGGUGUUUACUAGCUGAAAUCUCCGUCUCCGCUGCUGACCCGAACGGAAGUAAACAGUUUAAGUGAACAAGGUGCUGAUCCAUACGAAGGAGGUGAAUCCUUUUGUAAAGCGAGAUUAGCGUCUAAAGAACAGAAGCUUCGCAGAAAUCAACUGAAAAAGGCCCGAAUUCUCAUACUUUUCCACAUAUAUCACAAAUAUGGAAAGCAAGACUCAUUACUGUAAUUUUUCUGCUGAAACCAGAUUGAAUUACCUACUAAAAGUUGUAAUUUGAAAUUGUUUGCUGACUGUAUUUGUUACAAAAUUGUUCCGAAGUUCUUGUUUGCAAGUAGAACGAUUCUAAUUCUGUUUUGUUAGUACUUAUUAUCCCCUCCUCCGUUAGCCAUCAUAAGAUAAUUUUAUCCUUACAUGUUUUACCAAAAGAACCAAAUAUUUGUUCUUUUUAAUGUAUUUUAAUUCUUCUUCUUCUCCAUUUUAGCCCAAUUUUCUACUCCAUAAUUUAUAUGUAAAUACAAUUUCUUUCAUCAAAUAAAGUCUUCA